AUGCGUUCUGUAAUGAGUGCAGCGCAUGCGCAUAGUAACAUCCUGCUCGCGCAUGCGCAUAACGGCAAACUACCGCGCAUGCGCAUAGCAGCAUCCUAUUUGCGCAGGCUUACUAUGUGUGCCGUGCAUGCGCGUAGUAACAUCCUGCUCGCACAAGCGCAUAAUGGCAAACUGCCACGCAUGCGCAUAGCAACAUCCUAUUUGCGCAGGCAUACUAUAAUGAGUGCCGCGCGUGAGCGUAGUAACAUCCCACUCACGCAUGCGCAUAACGGCAAACUGCCGCGCAUGCACAUAGCAACACCCUAUUUGCACAGACGCAAUACUAAAACAAACUGA